UGAAUAUGCAGAUAAGGGGUGGGGCGGUGGAGGCCGGACCCGGAAGCAGCGCGGCUGAGUCACGGCGGCGGCGGCGGCGAUGAGGCAGUGAUCGCGGCUGGUGGCGGUAUUGUCGGUGUCGUCCUUCGGCGCGUGAGGGGCCUCCCUGCGCUCUCCCGUCCGCCCGCCCGCCCGCCUUCAGUCCGCCCGUGCCGCGCCCCAGCCCCGCCGCCACCAUGAUGGAGGAGAUAGACCGGUUCCAGGUGCCCGCCGUGCGCGCCGAGAUGCAGCCGCUGGAUCCAACAGCUGCAUCUAUUUCGGACAGAGAUUGUGAUACGAGGGAGGGAGAGACUGUAGCCAUGAACUAUAAGCCGUCCCCACUUCAAGUGAAAUUAGAGAAGCAGAGAGAGCUGGCUCGGAAGGGCUCCCUGAAGAAUGGCAACAUGGGAAGCCCAGUUAAUCAGCAGCCCAAGAAGAACAACGUGAUGGCACGAACAAGGCUCGUCGUUCCCAAUAAAGGCUAUUCAUCAUUAGACCAGAGUCCAGAUGAAAAGCCACUGGUAGCCCUGGAUACAGACAGUGAUGAUGACUUUGACAUGUCCAGAUAUUCCUCCUCGGGAUACUCAUCAGCUGAGCAGAUCAACCAAGACUUGAACAUCCAGCUGCUAAAGGAUGGGUACCGGUUAGAUGAGAUCCCAGAUGACGAGGACCUCGACCUAAUCCCCCCUAAAUCGGUCAACCCUACCUGCAUGUGUUGCCAAGCCACCUCCUCCACCGCCUGUCACAUCCAGUAGUGAGGCCGGCAGGCUGUGAUCAAUGCUUUCCACUAUAACUGUAAAACUUAACAGCCAUUGCUUCCUCCUAUGGUAGGACGUGCACCUCUUUGUGUUCAUGGAGCCAGGAGAAACCAAAAAAUGCAUUUUAUGAUUGAUUGAUAAGUUAUUUUAAAUUAUAGUUAAACAAAAGUUGCUCAAAGCGCCAGGCAGUGCCUGGCAAAACUGACUGGUCUGGAGAGUGAAUGCAGAGUUGUCCAGAGAUGCCUCCUUGGUUUGUGUAGGCACUGGGGAUGUUUUGUAAGGUGUCUGUUACAGAAUGGGAAGGGUCAGAUGGGGAUGCAGGUAAUUGCCCCACCAAAAAUAAUCCAUCUGCAAGAUCAGGGGUGAGUCUGAGGAGCCAGGAGGUUUAACCUGUGAGAGGAUGUUGGGUUUUAAUCCAUUCACUAACCUUGUUUCACUUGCAAUGAUACUGGGGCGCAGGAAUGAGCAGAGCAUCCUUUCUCAUGGCAAGGCUAGCCAGGACUAGCAUGGCACAAUUUGUUCACUUGUAAAGAGGACAAAUAGGUAGCAUUUCACUGUGAGUCAGUACUAACGGUCGUGUCACAUAUCCAGUGCAAUCUGCCCUUAGCUUCACAUCAAAUUAUCACCAAACACAUCCAAUUUGAUUUGCAAUCCAUUGAGGAAUCAGUCCUUGCCUAAGAACACCGUACUCCUGAGUUCAGUCCAGUCACAUAUACUGACUCCGGCCUUUAUUUAAUUCCCAUGAGACCCAUCUGUUUCCAAAAAUCUUAAACUUUGUUCAACUAAGAAAAAGUGAGUCCUACAUGAGACAGGUCUGGAGCCAUACAGCCUGAAGGUCAGUGCUGGAAAAGCUACUUAAAGAAAGCACGCUUUUACAGUACUCAUCUAUUGAUAUUCUCUUGACACUGCACCUCUUGGUGCCUGUGGGAGAGAUUUGUUAAGGCUGAAGGCAUCUGUGUGCUGGCAUCAGACUUUAGGGGAGUUUUCAGCAACAGCAGGAUUAUAAGCAGCUUCAGCUGAAAAAAAAAACCAUGAGAGGAAACUACUGUUUAUCCAUUUCUGCCCACUUGUGAGCCAUGCUUGCUCUGUAUUAAAGCUGUCCCAUAUCAGGAGCAAUUGUGUUUACUUAUUGCUGGAAUCGUCAGGAGAGCUAGCAUUACAUCUGCUGGACUGGAUUGCCAGUUCACCAGCAGAUUGUUUUGAAUGCAGCAUAAUUUCUGGAAUUAGGAAAUACAUCCUCUCCUGGCUGGUCUUACAUCGCUGGCUUCAGCAUGUGUGGGGCUCAGGCAAUGGAUGGGCUGGUAUUCUUCUCCGUGUUGAAAUCUUUUGCCACAACUGUGUGUUUUUCUGUCCUGCCAGGAGGAAGGACUGCCUGCCGUGGGUAUCACUUGCUUUAUUGCCUGGGGAAGGGAAAAAGCAAAGGCAGUUCUGAGCUUCCCAUCAGAAUUCCUGAGUCACAAGGCAGAGCCUGAGCUCCAUCCCUGCAGACAGAUCCCGCAUCUGAAAUCUGCAUGAAGUGAGCUGAGUAAGAAAUCCUUUUCAUGGUUAGGAGAAGAUUUAUUUGACAUCCUGUGGUUUCAGUCUGUGCAGCGUGAAGCACAACACCAUCCACCGUGUGAGCAAAAGAGCAGGCACAAAUGAUUUCUGGGCUCUGUUGUUCACUAGCUGAUAUGGAAAAUUGUUAGCUAUGUUUGGCCCCCCAUCCCUUAAAUAGCACGCUGCCACCCUGGCUCCAGAACACAGAAAGAGGACUGAGUGGUGCUGUUUACCAAGCAUCCCUGCCUCCUCAUGCAGAAGUGCUGGUUAACUUCCCAGCUCCUCUAGGAAGGGUGUUCCUCAAGUGAAUUCCUCUCCCUUUCACACCACUUGGUAAUGCUGGGGGGAUACAUAAUAGGUUAGGAUGAAGUUAACAAGUUGUCUGGAGUUGGAGGGAGAGCUCUAACAACACUGUGUAGAGACAAAAGAUAAAAGAGAAAAAACAUUCCUUAAGGAGUCUUUUUAAUGGGGAUCGUAGUCAAAAUCUAACAGAAACACCAUGGUCAAACCAGACCCUGUAGGACAUGACCCAGUCUGUUGAAAUCAUCACUCCUCUCAAGAGGGACUCUGCAGUCCAGCAUUGGUACCAUGCAGCAUUUUACAUCGCAUUUAUCCUUCUAGGUCAGUCUCUGUGCCUUCCAGCCGGGCUGCACACACUGCGCCUUUCCCACAGCCCUUGCUCAGGAGCAUUUCGGUGUGCCUGCUAGAGCAACAAGCCAUCUGUUUACAUGGGUCAGCCAUGGAGGGCUGCAGGUCCCACAGGUCUGUGUCAUGCUGCCAUCGUGUUUGGCCUAAGACAGAAUGAGGCUUGCUGACACUGUGUCUCCCAGGAUUAACACCUCCCCUCCAAAGGACAGACCUUCCCUGAUAACCCCAUGGCACCAUGACCAAGUCCUUUUAUUGCCCCUAUUGCUGGUUUUUGCCUGCCAUGUGCCCUGAGGCAUUCCUCAACCCUGCACCUGCCCUCAGCCCUUUGCAUUGUGUAAUGUGCAUCUACUUCUUGCACAACCCUUUAGGGAGGGAGGGAGGGAGAUGAAUUUAAAUGUUACAGCCAGUGCUUUCACCAAAUACAGACCAAAGCACAGGCCAAGUGUUUUUCCGUGCACACACAGAAGGAGUUGGUUGCACAAAUAGCUGUUUUGGCAUGACAGUACAGGACCAUAAAAUGGCAAUUUUUUGGCUUCUCCUCUCUAUGCUUUGUGUUCGUAUAUUUUAUCAGGGGGAUAAAGUAGAAAGGGUGGGGAAAAGUAGUUACCUGUGUAGGGUCGUUACCAGGAAGGCUGAAUGGAUUAAGGCAACGCACAUGUGGCUAUCAUAGGAAACUGAACACUAACCCUUCUGAACCACAGCCCCUUAAGCAGGUUACAACCAUGUGGCAUGUUUGUUGGCUCAUUAUGGAAUGUGGUGGACAGCCUGUCAGUCUGUAUUAAUGGCAGAUAAGGCUGGCUCUCCCUGUCUGGUCUCAUGUUCAGACGUUUGCUUCUGCCAGAAGGUUUUCUUUGUGCCCUCAGUGCAGGUUAUGCUGUAGUGACUUUGUGGGAAGGUGUACAGGUACAUGGCCAUUCUGGCACUGCUCUCCUUAGACCAGUCUUUGCCACCAUGGCCUGGAAAAACAAAGAGUAUAAGCCCUGACUCUGUCAUAGUAUUAUAAAGCCCUAGAAUCUGCAGAGCUGCUAGGCAUUCUCCUAAAUGCAGGUUGCAUGCAAAAAAGCAAAUUAUUCUGUAUUCCAGUCUUUGCACCAAACCAUAUGGUCUUCUCAGGCCCCAUUUUCAGGCCAAAGUUGUACAGAAUACCAAGGAGAGGAGCACAAUAAAGACGUUGCUGUCCAUCUAAAUUACCAUGCAAAUAGGAUUUAAGGAUAUUGAUCUGGUGUCUUCACAAAGGAACUUGCAUUUGAUUCCUCCUAAAGCCAGACUGGCUUUUUGUUAGGAUUUUAUGUAAUUUCAGUCACCAAAUUGCUCAAGUUUAAGCAAAGUUCCUUUUAUCACAUGAUAAUUUUGCUCUUUAAUGUAAGCUGGCUUUGAACUCCAGUGUCUCAGCACUUAACUCUUGUCCACGAACUCCCUAUUUCCAGAUGUCUGUGUGAGGAAGGUCUUUAGAUAGCAUGGUUUAGUCAUAGUGGUUGUAAAUAAACUUUGGCUGAAAGGAGGCUGAUGUUCAAGCAAUCAUCUUUAAGGUUUGCUUGAUGUCCUACUGGACAUAUCUUGAAUCCAACCCUUGGAAGAGCCACUGGAUCAUAUCUGAUGUUGCUACACGUCUACCCCCAACAUGUAUGCUUGGUCGCUGGGUCUGCUAUGCUGUUCUGGAUGUCUUGCCUGCAGAUGCCUUGUGACUGCAAAAGCAGGUGACCAAGCCUGCUGCAUGAACUUACAAAGGGACUUCAGGAUGCUCACACAUGGACAGGAUGGACUCAGCUGCUUCUGGUUUGUCUCUCCAGCUCCUUUCCCAAAAGGAAGCACCCACUCAGCUCAGCUGCCUGCUGGCUGGCACAUUGAUCCAUGAUACUGAGCAGCAUCGUUUCCUCUCCAUGCAGAGUCUGUCCUCAGGCUGGCCUGCAAGAUGUACAACAGCAGGCAGGAGGCUUGAAAAGUACAGCUCCCUGUGUGUGACUCAACAGAAACAUGAAGAUGCUUUUGAAGAAAGGAAGGACCCAGCUGGGCACCAGAUGGAACAACAGGAAAGGGAAAACAAGCAGUAACUAGAAAGGUUGCCAAGUGCUGUCUUGGCCUAGGGCAGAUCCCAGUUGUCCCAGUUAAUCUAUGUCAGUGCAGUGGUGAAACCAGCAGGGAGCAAAGCUCACUUUCAGAUGCACACACCAGAAACACCGUGUCCCCGAGCCAGCACUGCAGCCAAAUACAACUGUGGAGAAUCUGAUGGACUGUUAGAGCACGGGAAUGAGAUCUGGAGUCCCUUGCUGCUGUUGGCACAUGGUAAACAUUUGCUCUAACCUCAGGCAAGUCACAUACCCUCUUGAUGUCCAUUCCCUUCUGCAGCACAGAAAGGAAUGGGCAGGAAACCUGCCUUUUGAAGGUGCUACCACCACCCUGCAUGGAUGUUGCCAAAUGUGUGACGGGAACCACUGAUAGGGUAGCUGUGCCAGCAAGAUGUAAAAAGCAUGCUAUAGACAUUUUAUGGAUAUUUUCAAAGCACUAAUUUGCUUUCCUCCUAUUUACCAGCUUCUGGUGUUGCUUGCAUGUGACAGGGUAGAGGUUAGUAGGGAGAUUAAAUAUUUGGCAUCAUGUGUUUCCCAGUUAUGUGGCAGCUGGCUCUUGCACAACUGGCUUCUCAAUCUGCAUGAUGCCACAGGGAGCAUGUAAGAAGAUUUGGUGUCCCAACAGCUCCAUCCCCUGCUAGUAGAAUUAAGGAAUUCAGGAGAACAACUGGGACAGAGAGUGCUUAUGAGAGGGAAGAGAGCAUUGAAGGGCUCAGUUGGCAGUUUAAC